GUCACACUAAUAAACAAACAAACGACCCAGAUGCACCAAAACAGCCAGCUAGCAGGUUAUAUUGAAUGUGUUUAAAAUUUUCUUGAAUCAUCAAUCAAUCAAUUUUUAUUAUUUUCGUUUAACGUUAAAUGAAUUUUUAUUAAUCACUUCGAUGCAAUCAUCAACAUCACCAUUACCACCGCCAUCAACAACCAUAUCGAUAUUGCCAACAAAUACAAACGAAUCAUUAACGAUUCCCUCAUCAUCAUCAUCAUUAGCCAUUACAAUAAAUGCUGGUCAAAUUCCAUUAAAAAAAUGUCCAAACUCUUCAACAACAUCAUCUGCAUCUGGAUAUUCAACCCGUCAUGAUCGUCAGUCAUCGGUACAAUUGAAAAUACAGGCCUCCAACAGCGAUAUUGGUAGCGGUGGUCUGGCCAUCCAUCAAAAGACCAGUUAUUGGCAAAAAUUUCGUCGUACAAUGAAUUAUAUUUUUUCACAUUUAAUCAUAUUAUUAUCACAAUUAUCACCGAUUGUGCAAUCAUUUUCCGGAUUAAUCAUAUUAUUAUAUCUAAUUCAAUUUGGUGGUGAAAUAACUGUUGAUUUUUUUGCAUUAAUACCUGGUGAAAUUAUAUCGCCCGGUCAAUGGUAUCACACCGUUAUUGCAUUAUGGUCACACGCAUUUCUUGAAACACGUUUAGCAUGGAUUAUAUUAGAUCUAUUGGUAUUAUCAUUUUGUGGUACAUUAAUCGAACCACUUUGGGGUCAUAAAGAGGUAUUACGUUUUAUGGUGAUAACAUUAAUUCCAACCGCCAUAUUAACAUCAAUACAUUAUGUAAUCUUAUAUUGUCUUACAUAUGAUGGUAGCUAUUUAUUCAAUGUUCGUAUUCAUGGAUUUUUUGGUUUCUAUGCUGCAAUAUCUGUUACCGUUAAACAAUUGUUACCACAAUCCAUAUUAUUUGCAACAGCUUUCGGACGUUUAAAAAAUGAUCACAUUGCAUUCACCAUAACAGUGAUUGCCACCAUAUUGUAUGCAUUGAAUUUACUUGAUGGUGUCCAAGUGAUUCUAUUAAUUUAUGGUAUAUUAACAUCAUGGCUAUAUCUUCGAUUCUUACAGCCACAUACACGACAUCUUUAUACAUCGGAUACAAGUGAUACGACGAUUACACGUGGCGAUCUAUCCGAUACAUUUGCAUUCGAAACAUUUUUCCCAAAUGUUUUACGUCCACUAGUCGCCAUACCAUGUAAUUUAAUUUAUAAUUUUUUUGUUCGUAUAAAUAUCUGUCCGAAGAUACCAUCACCAGCAGCUCAAUUAUUAAUGGAUAAUAAUUUGGCUUUCAAUUUUAGCCAAAUGCGAACAACAACAUUAUUUUCUGGACCAUCAUCAUCGAUAUCGAUGACGCCAUCAACGUUUCAAGAAUAUCACCCACACCAUCAUCAUCACCAUCACCAUCAAAAACAUCAACCGCUUCAACAAUCGCACAAUAUGUCACAAUCAUUACAACCUUUAUUACAGGAAAAUUUAUGACCCCUAUCACAUUUUCUCUUGAUAAAUUUGUUUUUGAUUGGCUAACAAUAUUUCCUUAUAAAAAAAACAGUUUUCAUUGUGAUUUAUCAAUGGUAAUGAUUUUUUCCAUUUAUUAAUUGUCAUUGUGUGAUAAAUUUUUAUUUUGGUACAUCUUAAAACAAUGUUUAUUCGAUCAAUCA